AUGAAGGCCGUGCCAGCCGACAGCGCCGCGUCCCCGGUGCCGGCGACCAAGAUCACCAUGCCCGCUUCCGCGGUGGGUGGCGCGGAGGCGGCACUCCUCGGGAAGGGCCGGUACAAGGUGUGGGCCUUGGCCGCCAUCGCGCUCCUCGCGCUCUGGUCCAUGUCCGCCGCCUCCGUCUCACUCCGCUGGUCCUCCUCGGGCGACCUCGCCUCCGUCUACGGGGACAUGGACGUCCCGCUCGCCGACGACCUCGAUUCCCUCGAGAUGGAGGAGAGGGAGAAAUUAGUGGGGCGAACGUGGGACAUGUACACACGGACCAGUGACGAGGUACGGCUUCCACGGUUCUGGCAGGAGGCGUUUGAAGCUGCAUACGAGGAACUUGCUGGCGAUGAUGUGCAGGUGCGUGAUGCAGCUAUCUCUGAGAUUGCCCGAAUGUCAGCCCACAAACUUGAACUCGAGCAGACAUUGAAUGAGAAUGAGAAUUCACAAUCUUCCAAAAACAACACCUUGUUGAAAUGGCGUACAGAUUAUGAUGCUUUGAUUGUAAUGCGGUGCAAGUUUCUGCUUACCUGCAAAUUGCUUCUCUUCUUUAAUGUGAAUUAUUUUGGUACAGCACCAUCAGCAUUUUUGGUGAAACUGAAAGUGAUAUCGUGA